CUCCUGAAGAACAGAGUCCUGAGGGGGAGCAGCAGGAGUCAGAGCUCCUCCACAUAAAGGAGGAACAGGAGGAACCCGGGGUCCAUCAGGAAGGAGAGCAGCUUCUUGUGAAAGAGGAGACUGAUACCAAGUUUCCAUUAACUGCUGCUACUAUCAACAAUAUUAAACUGUUUAUUAAAGAAGAAGCUUCUUUAGACCCCAGACCUCAAGCUGACCUGCUUGACCCACAGCCCCCCCACAUAAAGGAGGAACAGAAGGGAGUCUACGUCAGUCUUCCAGGAGAGCAGGUGCUCUCGCAGGUUUAUCCAGACCAAAUUAAAGACAGAGAGCCUAUAGAAGAGAGAGGUGGAGAACAAUCCAUCAGGAUACAAGAUCAUGCAUAUGCUUCACAGAAGAAAACUGUGAAGUCACGAAGGAAAGGCCAGAGAGGAGUGAAGCUUGGCUGUGAAGAUUGUGGCAAAACAUAUAAUGGGAAAUACGCUUUAAACACACACAUGAGAAUCCAUACAGGAGAGAAGUCUGUUUGUUGUGAUCAAUGUGGAAAAAGCUUUAGCCAAAAACCUUAUUUGAAGACACACAUGAGAAUCCAUACAGGACAAAAGCCUUUUUGUUGUGAUCAAUGUGGAAAAAGCUUUAGCCAAAAACCUUAUUUGAAGACACACAUGAGAAUCCAUACAGGACAGAAGCCUUUUUGUUGUGAUCAAUGUGGAAAAAGCUUUAGCCAAAAACCUUAUUUGAAGACACACAUGAGAAUCCAUACAGGACAGAAGCCUUUCUGUUGUGAUCUAUGUGAUCAAAGAUUUAGCGAAAAGGGAACUUUAAAUAGACACAUGAGAAUCCAUACAGGACAGAAGCCUUUCUGUUGUGAUCUAUGUGGACAUAGAUAUAGCGAUAGAGGAACUUUAAACAAACAUAUGAUAAUCCACACAGGACAGAAGCCUUUCUGUUGUGAUCUAUGUGGACAUAGAUAUAGCGAUAGAGGAACUUUAAACAAACAUAUGAUAAUCCACACAGGACAGACGCCUUUCUGUUGUGAUACAUGCGGAAAAAGAUUCAACUGGAAAUCAAAUUUAUAUAGACACAUGAGAAUCCAUACAGUAGAGCAGACUUUCUGUUGUGAUCUAUGUGGACGAGGAUUUAGCCGAAAAUCUAAUUUAAACACACACAUGAGAAUCCAUACAGGACCGAAACCUUUCUGUUGUGAUCUAUGUGGACAAAGAUUUUGCGAUAAUGGAACUUUGAACAGACACAUGCGAAUCCACACAGGAGAGAAGCCUUUCUGUUGUGAUCUAUGUGGACAAACAUUUGGCCAUAAAGCAACUUUAAACAGACACAUGAGAAUCCACACAAGAAAGGCACCAGUGUUUCCCCUACCAUUUAACAAUGGUGGAGCCCCGGGCCCCCAAGAUAGUCACAGCAUGUAGUAAAUUGUCAAAGUCUGUACAUGUUCACAGAUAAUUUUAUGCAAAUUAAUAACCUUUAUAUAUAGUGCUAUAUUGCAUCCUGUCCUAUUUCUGUCUCUUGGCUCACACAUAUAUCAGCUUCACAUUCAUUUGUGUCCUCAUUCUCUGAAUGACCGAGAACACACAGUGUAGCGAACAUGCCCUCUGCUGGUCGGGGCUACUCAGUGCAUACUGCUCUAUAGAGUAGUUCACGCGUGACGUCCGCGCUACUUCCGGGUUAUGCCGGUAGGCAAAAACAGGACUGUUCUCGCCAAACA